AUGGGAGCCCAAGAAGAGCUCUACAGCUCUGGAAUAUCCCACGUGCAUAUUGCAAAGGCCCUGAAUGCUUCGAACACGCCGCCUAUGGCCACUUCACCCGGCAGCACGACCCCCCCUCUUCCAGUGGCCGAAAAGAGAAAUUCUGAGCGGAAAGCCAUGGAAGAUAGUGCGCGGCAUGCCAGAGCCACUGGGACGCCUGGUGUAGAAGCAGUGGACCCAAAUGCUUUGAGCAAGGCACUUUUGAAGGAGUUCGAGGAUGCUGGGAGACCGCGGGAUGUGACACCUGGAGGAAGCCCGAGUCGCAAGAGGCAACGAGUGUAUGGAGACAGAUUCAUUCCCAACAGAGAAGGACAGGAUCUCCAAGCCAGCUUCAGUCUACUUCCCGACGAAGGAUCCCCUGCGACACCUUCCAAGCAAAAGAAGCGCCCUCCCUAUGGCGAGCUUCAUUUCCAAAGGACUGAGGAAGCGAACCAGACUUAUUCGAACCUGCUUCGAUCAGAGAUUUUCGACAACACUGUUCCUCAAUCUACCACACCAAACCGUUCCUCCGAUUCCAGCUUACUACAAUCCUCACGCUCAACGACUGUUCAUGACCCGACACGCUCACAUACACCUCCCAAUAAUUCUUCUAAUGCCCCCCUUCCAGUUUCCAUGACGCCAUCGACACCACACAAGAAUCUCUUCACCUACAUGUCCCCGAGACACCACACAAACAUUGCUGGCCAUCCUACGCCCUCGAGGACACCGCAAAGCCGACAUGGACCCCAUUUGAACGCAAGAUCGGAAAUAUACAGCCUUUCUCCUGUCCGUCUAGGAAGCCAACAAAUGUUACUGAGUCCUCGUAAACAACCUCGCGCUGUCAGCAAAGUGCCAUACAAAGUCUUAGACGCCCCAGAUCUAGCCGAUGAUUUCUACCUCAAUUUGGUAGACUGGGGAAGUAGCAACACGCUUGGUGUUGGACUCGGAAGCUGUGUGUACAUGUGGAACUCCCAAUCAGGCAAAGUCGACAAAUUAUGCGAACUUCAAGACGAUACCGUGACAAGCGUAUCGUGGAUUCAACGUGGCUCUCACCUUGCCGUUGGAACGGGGAAGGGGCUAGUCCAGAUCUGGGAUGCGGAGCGGAGACGACGAUUAAGAACGAUGACUGGACACACAGCACGUGUUGGAGCUCUCGCCUGGAACGACCAUAUUCUCACCUCGGGCUCCCGUGAUCGCUUAAUUUAUCACCGCGAUGUUCGAGCACCAGAUCAAUGGCUCAAGAAACUCGUAGGUCACAAGCAAGAAGUCUGCGGCUUAAGAUGGAAUUGCGAAGACGGUCAACUAGCGUCCGGCGGCAACGACAACAAACUCAUGGUCUGGGACAAGCUGAACGAGACCCCCCUCUGGAAAUUCAGCGAGCAUACGGCAGCCGUAAAAGCUAUCGCCUGGUCACCCCAUCAACGCGGCCUUCUCGCCUCUGGAGGAGGAACCGCCGACCGCAGAAUCAUCUUCCACGAUACACUACGCGGUACGGUUGUCAAUGAAAUCGACACUGGUUCGCAAGUCUGCAAUCUCGCUUGGAGUAAGAACAGCAACGAGAUUGUCAGUACGCACGGCUACUCACAGAACCAGAUCGUGGUGUGGAAGUACCCGAGCAUGACGCAGGUCGUGAGUCUCACCGGACACACCUAUCGUGUACUAUAUCUAGCCAUGAGCCCAGAUGGGCGCGUGAUAGCCACGGGUGCUGGGGAUGAGACACUGCGCUUCUGGAACGUAUUUGGGCGGAAACCAGGACACCGAGAGGAGAGUAGUGCCGGAGGUGGGAGUAAGCUCGGAGAUUGGGGUGUCAUCAGAUGA